UAUACCUCCUUCUCCCUAAUUUCCCAUUUAUCCCUCUUCUCGCCUCUGGCUUUACUUUAACCUAAGGCAGAGUUCCCAUCUCUGCCUUAGCCAUUUCCCGUUAUUCCAACUCAUCCACCCACCAUCCACCAUGGUCUUCCAAGAUUUCGACCAGAUCUCCGAACGCCGUCGCGCCGAGAGAGCGCGCAAGUUCCGUAAUAGGGUCAUCAUCGCGGUCGUCUCAACCUUCCUCAUCCUUGUUCUCGUCGUCGCCGCCGUCUUCGUCCAAGUCUCCCCGCCCACCAAAUCCACCACCAGAGACGGCGCCGGCAGCGGCAGCAGCCGCAGCAAGGGAAGCUCCAAAGAUCAUGCGACAUCCGACGUCAAACAGGUGUCCCGCGCCCAGAAAAUGAUUACCAUGAUAUGCAACUCCACAGACUAUAAAGCCAAAUGCGAGAGCACUUUGAAGGAAGGCGUAGAGACCCACCCCGAUUCCUCCGACCCCAAAGACCUCAUCAAGCUCGCCAUCGCCGCCGUCUCCACCGAGGUUAACUCCGCCCUGAAAAAAGCUUCCGCCAUGAACUUCCCCACCCCGGAGGAAAAAGGGGCGUUCGAGGACUGCAAGCUCCUGUUGGAAGAAGCGGUGGAGGAAUUAGACAGGUCUGUGAGCGAAUUGAGCAGGAAGGAUCUGGGAAAGCUGACAGAGAAAACGACGCCGGAUCUCAACAACUGGCUGAGCGCGGUGAUGUCGUAUCACGCCACUUGCGUGGAUGGGUUUCCAGGGGGGAAGUCGAAGACCGAAAUGGAGGCGACGUUGAAGGCCGGAAAGGAACUGACGAGUAAUUCGCUGGCGAUGAUUUCGCAGGUGGCUACGUUCUUCUCAACGUUUGAAAAGUCGGAUGGUGGAGGAGCUGCAACACGACGUCGUCUAAUGGCCAAAGAUGGGCUACCCAGCUGGAUGACCAGCUACGAACGCAGGAUGUUGAAGCGCGAUGCGGAAGACGAUAAGCCGACGCCUAAUGUUGUGGUCGCCAAAGAUGGGUCCGGAAAUUUCAAGACCAUUAACGAAGCGUUGGCUGCCAUGCCUGCAAAAUAUGAUGGACGGUACGUGAUCUAUGUUAAGGAAGGGAUCUACGAGGAGACGGUGGUGAUUACCAAAAAAAUGGCGAAUGUUACAAUGUACGGAGAUGGAUCUCAGAAGAGCAUGAUCAGUGGGAAUAAAAACUCAGCGGACGGAGUUCGAGCCUUCCAAACCGCAUCUUUUGUGGCACUUGGAGACGGGUUGUUGGCGAAAGGGAUCGGAUUCAGAAACACUGCAGGUCCAGAAAAGCAGCAGGCCGUAGCCGCCAGAGUCCAGGGCGACAGAGCCAUAUUCGUGAACUGUCGGUUCGAGGGGUUCCAAGACACGUUGUACGCGCAAGCCCAUCGGCAGUUCUACAGGAGCUGCUUGAUUACAGGCACAGUGGACAUCAUCUUCGGGGACGCGGCGGCCAUUUUCCAAAAUUGUAAUUUCAUGUUGAAAAAGCCGUUGGAUAAGCAAGCGAACGUAGUAACGGCACAGGGGAGAAGUGACAGACAUGAAACCACGGCCACUGUGCUGCAAAACUGCAAGAUAUUGCCGGACAAGACGCUGGAGGGUGUGAAGGCGCAGUUCAAAAGCUACUUGGGGAGGCCUCGGAAUGAGUACUCCAGGACCAUAGUAAUGGAGUCCGAAAUUGAAGAUAUCAUUCACCCCGAUGGGUGGAUGCCUUGGGACGGGGACUUUGCACUCAAAACCUUGUACUAUGCUGAGUUUAACAACAAAGGGCCUGGGGCUAAGACCGAUGCCAGAGUGAAAUGGCCUGGUUUUAAGGUGAUUGAUAAGGAAGAGGCUGCAAAGUUUACGAUAGGAACUUUUCUAGACGUGGAUUGGAUCCAGAGCUCCUCGGUUUCUGUUCAUGUCGGCCUGUUUUGAUAUAACACCAAAAAAGAAAAAAAAAAA